UAGCUGGCGGAAGAGGAGGUCGCCCAGCCCAGUGUCUUUUCGCCUGGAAUAGAGAAGCUGAGGAGAAGACGCGAAAAGGAAGGCGAAAACGGUGUCGGCGCCGAGAAGACAAAGCUGCUACAAUGGCCGCUAAAUCCGACGGGGUACUAAAGAUAAAGAAGAGCGAUGUAGCAUUUACGCCUUUGCAGAAUUCGGAUCACUCGGGUUCGGUUCAAGGGCUCGCUCCGGGUUCGCAGCCGGAUUCUGGAACCGGAGAGGCGGACUUCGUCAAUGGGGAAUCGCGUUGCUGUGGCUCGAAUUCGACAUGCCUCCGCCUCGACAGGGAGCAGCAGAAAUACAUGGUCUGGGACUUUCUGUGGAUCCUCGCCGCAGUGACGGUGUAUUUCGCCGAUGUUGGCACAGAUAUUUGGCUUUCGGUCGACUAUUACCUCCGCCGCGAUUACUGGUGGUUCGGGCUUACGCUGUUUUUUGUGGUGCUCGGCUCGUUCUCCGUUCAGGUCUUCAGCUUCAGAUGGUUCGUCCAUGAUUUCAGCACCGAGGAGAGCUCCACCGGCGGGGCGGCGAGCUGCUCCCACAUGGACGGGAAGCUGCUCAGCUGCUCCGCUUCACAUGGAGACGUUGAAGCCCACCCGUCUGCACCUCAAAGGCAGGCAUCCACAGCAAGCAAAAGCAACAACACAACCAACAGCAGCAACAGCGCUACCGCAGCCCGGACUAGUAAGGCACGCUCAGCGUCCUGUUCCCUCUGUAUCUGGCUAUUGCAGUCCGUCAUUCACAUCUUACAACUCGGACAAAUCUGGAGGUACUUCCACACCAUAUACCUGGGUAUUAGGAGCAGGCAGAGUGGAGAGAAUGACCGCUGGAGGUUCUACUGGAGAAUGGUGUACGAGUAUGCAGACGUUAGCAUGCUCCAUCUGCUGGCGACCUUCCUGGAGAGCGCCCCUCAACUGGUGCUCCAGCUCUGUAUCAUCAUACAGACUCACAAGCUUCAGGCUGUACAGGGGAUGACAGCGGCUGCUUCUCUGGUAUCUCUGGCCUGGGCUUUGGCCUCCUACCAGAAAGCCUUGCGUGAUUCCCGUGAUGACAAGAAGCCCAUCAGCUACCUUGCAGUCAUCAUCCAGUUCUGCUGGCAUUUCUUCACCAUCGCUGCUCGGGUGGUGACAUUUGCUCUCUUCGCCUCCGUGUUUCAGCUCUACUUUGGCAUCUUCAUCGUGCUCCAUUGGUGCAUCAUGACUUUCUGGAUUGUGCACUGCGAGACUGAAUUCUGCAUCACCAAGUGGGAGGAGAUUGUCUUUGACAUGGUGGUAGGCAUCAUCUACAUCUUUAGCUGGUUCAACGUGAAGGAAGGACGCACCCGCUGUCGUCUCUUCACCUACUACUUCAUGAUCCUCCUCGAGAACACAGUCCUGAGUGCAUUGUGGUACUUGUACCGCUCACCGGCCAGCACGGACGCCUUUGCCGUUCCUGCCCUCUGCGUCAUCUUCUCCAGCUUCUUCACCGGAAUUGUCUUCAUGCUCAUGUACUACGCUUUCUUCCAUCCCAACGGGCCACACUUUGGCCGCUCAGCCAGCUUGGUCCAGCUAGAAGACCCAACCGCUACCUUCACACUGCCCCCAGAGGGUGCUACCAACUCCCUGCGCUCCAACCGCGGAGGCACACUGGCCAGGGACGUUGAUCGUGAGGCCAAGUACAGCGAGCGAGAUGGCUGCGUGCCCGUCUUUCAGGUGCGACCCACUGCCCCAUCUACGCCAUCCUCCCGCACCCCCCGCCUGGAGGAGACAGUCAUCAAAAUAGACUUGUGCAGGAAUCGCUACCCUGCCUGGGAGAGGCAUGUGCUGGACAGGAGUAUACGGAAAGCCAUCCUGGCCAUCGACUCCUCCCCUACCCCACCCCGUCUCCAGUAUAAAGACGACACACUGGUUCAAGAGCAUCUGGAGUAUGAGACCACCUUGUAGCCUGCGUUUUGGAAACACACAUACACUAAACAACAACAUGAACAUUGAACAGAUUACCAUCCACUUUAAUAAACAGCAGGACUGUGGCAAUAAAGUUCCUAGCCCUCCCUUUGGAGUACAUAGCAUCCAGCCAUGAUGUUGAUUGUCAUGGACAAAAGAACAUGGGCACAAUGUAUUUCUGGCUGGAGAAAUAAUCAAACUUUUUUAAGCCUUUCUCUUUUUUCAUUUAAUGUUAUGUUUUCUUUUUUAUUACUUCUGUCUUGUCAGGGAAUAUCUUGGUUUCUAAAACAUCAUUGCACUGGCUAAUAUGGACCACUAACCCCUCAAUCCUCCUAUCCUCCUAAUACUCAAGAGUCAAUCAUCGUCUCCAAACUGCAGGGUAAAGGAGAAAGAACCCUUGUUACAUGGCUUUACCAGUCCUCAGUCAGUUACGAACUUCUCAUAAGUUUGUUUCUUUCUUAGUGAAGGCUGUUCCCUUUGAAACUUUGCAUCACCUGCAUUUUAACAUUAUUCCACAGAAACAGGAUUUAAACUUCAAGGAUGUAUGGCUACCUAUCUACCUAAACAGUGUUCCAAAUUUCAUGUUGAUGGUACAAAUCUCUGAUUAGACUUGAUAUGUCCUUGUCCAGGGUGUUCUCAUCAGCAGUUCUCUACCAGUGCCAAAAGUUCUGCUCACACUGACUCCAUAAUGAACUGUGGUUCUAUACCACAGUAUGUGUAUAUAAACAGUUCAGCAUUUCAACCAUCUACUUGAAUCCUGUACAAAGAAAACUGAAAAAGUAUGCGAUCAUAGCACUGAAUCCAAGCCACUUGGGACAACGAAACAGGUAGAAAGCAAGCUUGUUUUGUUCUGUUCAGGAAAAGGCAAUGGGCCAAGAAAACACUUCCUGGCAGCUCCCUCCAGCCUCAUUCACCUCAUAGAACUGGGCUGAUAAGGAUCUGUCUGAUUCACAGCAAACACACAUGCACUGAGAAAGUUGGGGACACAAUACAUGAAAGACAGAGGUCGCCAGACUGCACUCAUCAAAACUUGGAUGAACUUCACCUUCUAUGUUAAAGAUACAGUGUUCUUCUAGACUGGGUCAGGUUUUGGGGCCUGUAUUUGGUGUGUGCCUGUGUUUGUGUGCUGUACAUCUCCAGUAAUGUGUGUGUGAAAGCAUGUAUUGACUAUAAACGGGGUCACCUUCCAUGCAUCCGGAAAGCCGCUGAAGUUGUGCUAUUCAAAACUCUACAGUGCAUCCAAGUCAUCAUCUACAAUGUUCACAGGUCUCUUCAAUUCCUGACUCACAGUCUACAAAUCAGAGGUGUCAAGGAUAAGAAGUCUGCAAAGAGCACAUUAGCAAAGAGCUAAUUUACUCUGAAUGACGCUCCAGGCCCAAUCAUUACACAAUCAUAUCUCCCUAAAAGAACACUGUAUCUUUAAAUCUGCCAAAAGCAUUUUUUUUAAAUACAAAAGUGUUUCUGUUCAGUUGCAAGUGUUUCUUUAUGUAGAAUAUCUAAAGGCAUUUAUGGAGAUAUGUUGAAGGUGUGGACAAAAAAAAAAAAAAAAAAAAAAAAAACAA